CACUCUUCCAACGCCUCCUUUUCCUGUUGACGCCAUGUCAUCUCUCAUUGACCGCGCGGCCAUGGCUGCGCCAACUCUGGCGCUGCCACAUGCGCACGUGCCACUCACGGGCGUCGCUGCCGCGUCGGCGGUGCGUCCGAGGACAGAGAUGAGAUACUGCUGCAGGGCAGCCGGACCUCCUGCAGUGGCGGCCUCUUUGCCGGGCUGCUUGGUGCUUCGGAGGGGCCUCAAACGCACCACGCGGGCGUUCUCGGCCGCGGGACACGUGGCGCCCGUGGCGCCGGUGGCGGAGGCGGAGGUGUCGCAGGCGGCGUUUCCAGUGGCGGGCUACAACUGGGAGAUUUGCACCCAGCAGAACUAUGCCCAGAAGGAUUCUCAAGUAGCCGAAGGCCCAUUGGCGGCGGCAAGGAGGUUAGUGGAUGCAUCAUACCAUGGCCACUACACGCUGGAACGUCAACGGUUUCAGGAUACCUUGGUCCGACGCCUCGUCGAACUGAACGGCCACGGCGCCCCGCUGCGGGAGCCGCGCUUGGUCUUCACCGCGGGCGCCAUGGGCGUUGGGAAGAGCCACGUGAUCAGGUGGUUGGCCGAGAAGGGCAUUUUGCCGAUGAAGGACUUCGUUCACAUCAAUCCCGAUCACUUGGCGGCACAGCUGCCAGAGUACAUGGGCUACAUGGAGCACAACCGCGCCUGUGCGGCGGUGAUGACGCGCCUGGAAGCGGGCUUGCUCACGGAGCUCAGUUUGAUGUAUGCCUUGCAGCAGAAGCGUAACAUCCUCGUAGAUAGUUCCUUGCGACAUGGCAGCUGGUACAGCAGGGUCCUGCAAAAGAUCAGGCAGAAGCUGCCAGAGGUGCGAGUGGUGCUCAUGUAUGUGCACGCCCAUGAGGAGACAAUCUACGAACGGGCCAAUCAACGUGGAUUGGAGGGCCGGAUGGUGAGCCAUGUCGAGGUGGCAGAUUCCUUAGAGAAGAUCCCUUUGGCCAUCCAGAAGUUGCUACCCUACAUGGACACCUUUAUCCAAGUGGACAAUGACGGGCAUGAGCCGGAGUUAACUUCGGUGUGCCAACAGCCGCGUGAAGACUUAGAUGCCUACUGCGAGGUGGAUCCAGACCCCAGCAGCAUGGGCUUUGGGUGGAAGAGCGUCAAGGACAUCCUCCACACGGAUUUGGAGCCCGGCGAAGCGCUACUGGAGCCACCGGAGAUCCUCCCCAGCGCGGCCACCGAACCGCAGCCCUUAGCCGCGCUCUUUAGGACCAUUCAUUUCGCCGCAACGAAGCAUCAAAAUCAAACCAGGAAGAACCCUCAGAGGACGCCCUACAUCAAUCAUCCGCUGGCCGUGGCCCGGAUCUUGGCGGAGGUCGGUAUCCGCGACUUGAAGACGCUGCAAGCGGCGCUCCUGCACGAUACCUUGGAGGACACCGAAGCCACGCGCGCGGAGCUGGAGGCGGCCUUUGGUGCAGAGGUGGCCAACUUGGUGCAUGCCCUCACCGACGAGGAAGGCCUUCGGCCCUUGCAUCAGAAGUUCCGGCAGCUCCGUCGGGUGAAGUCGUUACCGCUGAAGGCGAAGUUGGUCCGGAUCGCGGAUAAGCUCCACAACGUCUGGGACAUCAUGCACCAUGGCAUCCCAGGUUGGUCCAAGGGGAAGACGGAGCGCUACGUCGCCUGGGCCUGUGAGAUGGUCGAUGCUCUCAGGGGUACGCACACCGCAUUGGAGCAGCGCUUUCACUCGGAGGUGUCCUUGCCGAAGGGCUACCAGCUGGGAGACUGGCAAGAGUUCGCUGUGCAAGAGAUGGGCUGGGCACUGCUCGAGGACCUCGAGCACGACGGCGGCUCGGCGGCCGUGCCGCCGCCGGAGCUGGCAGAGCACCGCGCGGUGCUCUCGCUGCUGAGGGCUGCAGAGGUGGUCGCGGCCAAGAGUGACGAAGAGCUGCUGGAGAGCGUGAAGUUUGCCUUGUUCCUGUCCGGCUUCGGCAUCAAAGAUCCAGAGACCCUGAAGGCGGCCGUGCUGUUGGGCAGCGUGGAUGAGCACAGCAUCACGGCCUCGCAGUUCGGUGGAGAGGUGGCAUCGAUCCUGGCCGAGCUGAAUGCACACUGGCCUCGGAUCGUGAAGAACCACAAGGCCAAGCGGAUCUACUUGGGGAAGCACCUCUAUGAGCUCCGCAAGUUGCAGAUCGGCACCAUGUCCAGCCAGGAGGACCUGGAUCACUUUCAACAGCUGCUGGAGCGCACGAUCUCCCUUCGUGAGCAGUUGCGGGGUGCGCACCCACGCCUGGAGGAGGGCAUCGAUGCCAUGGUGGGCAACGGCCAAGUGAGGCUGGCCAGCGGUGAGCUGACCCCUGUGGAUAUGCUCGGUGACGAGCAGCUCGGAAGACAAGGAGCUUGGAGCAACAGAGGAUUUGAAGCAGGGCGCAGCCCCAGAAGUCCGUGCCAGGAGAGUCCCAGAUGUGUCUUUGUUCAUUCGUUCAUUCGUUGAUAUUCGUUCUUGAAUUGUUUAGUCGUCACGUUUGAUCUUGUGCGUGUGUGUUUUUGUUUGUUUGUUUGUUUGUUUCUUCGUUCAUUCGUCGUUCCCCUUUUUCUGGCUCGGCUUGUAUUCCAGGUCGGCAACUUGGCAUUUUGGUUCCGGAAGUCGAGACAGGUCUUCCAACCCCCCGCACCCCUCGGCACAUUCGGACCGCUCCGUCCGCUGCCGCUGCCUCCGCUGAUCCGAAGCCUACGGACGCUCCGGCGGCAGCAUGCGUGCUCAGAGGGUGUCAGUGCGGAGGUGUGGACCUGCCAUUGGGAAGAUGCAUGACUUCCCAAAAGCCAGCCAUGCGGAUCCUGGAAGAGCUACCAUCCAUCCAGUCACAUUUUGUUGAUGGUUUGGGCCUGAUGGAUUUACAUGUUUGAUGGUUUGUUGAUUCACUGCUAUUCCAGUUUGAUGGUUGGUUUGGGGUUGAGAGCUUGGACGUUGGUCCGAGUCCCUGUGCCCUGCACCACUGUGAGCAGGGAGGAGGAGUGGUGAUUGAUGUGCGCACAUCCCUUCUUUUUCUUCAGCAUCAAGGGAAGGGGAAGUUUUCUACGCAAAAGCUGCUGGAGAACCUUGCAGAACAGCUGUAGGCUUCCGGUGAAAGGAUUGUUCCGCGCAAGGGCAGACGGAUGCCUUUGAUGGGCACCUGCAGGUGGUGUGGGGAGUCUCCAUGAACCCUGUGAUCUCAUCGCCAUCAUCGGUCGAUGCUGAGGUAUGGCAUUUACGGCGACGGCUUCUUGUGAGGGGCAGUCGAGUCCCUUCUCCUGGCUGUUUGCCGUCCAACGCUCCGGAGCCUGCAGCGUUGGGCUACCGGUGUUCAGCGCACUUCCCGGCUUUUCCACGUCCAGAUGACGAGUCCAGCGGCGGAGCAACGCGAUGAACCGAACGGUGGGCGGGGUC